UUUCUUACGUCUUACGUCCAAAUCUCCUCCAGAAAAUUCACUUUGAACAAGUCUUUAGACGCGACUUUCUCGCGCGACACUUGCCUGCUCCAGAUUUACGUACUUACGAUCCUUACCAACCACACAGGACAGCAUCACGAGAGUUGCCAGUUGUCUACCAUUCAUACCGUAAUCUAGAGCAGCUGAGCGGCAGCGGGCGGGGUGUUGAAAAGGGGGCGAUGAGUUAGGUUAAGCUGUUAAGCUUUACUUUUAGUCGUUGUUGUAGAAAUCGCCUGUGUGCCUAGGCGAGGGCCAAGAAAUGAUGUCUGGAGAAACAGCAGUCCUAGAGGUCGAUAAACCGUCUCCUGUGGGAAAUGGCAGUAGGUCAUCAGAUCUGUCAAACGGCAGCACAUCAUUUGAGGGAUCGGUGAUUGCAUCUCCAUCUAUUGAAAGCUUCUCGACCCUUCCUGACCAAGAGGACCUGGAGUUCAACAUUGAUGUGGACGCAGGUGACUUACAAGUCCGUGUCGAUAAUCCUCAGAAGCAUUUCGACACUCUUGAGACUUAUGUUUCAUUCAGAAUAUGCACGAGGGUCAACAUGGAGGUACGAAUAGAAUUUAAAGAGAGUGAAUACAUAGUGCGCCGUCGCUAUAAUGAUUUUGUUUGGCUCCGGCAGAAGUUAAUUGAAGCAUUUCCUACUCAUUUGGUUCCUCCUUUGCCUGGGAAACAUACUCUAUUGGCUCAACUUGAUCGCUAUUCCAAAAGUUUCGUUUUGGCUCGCCUUGCCAUGCUUCACCGUUUCUUAACUAGAGUUGUUUCUCACCCAGUUCUCAGCUAUAAUAGCAGCUUGUAUGUUUUUCUCACUGCUACUCCAUCUGAAUUCCUCAUACACCGAAAAAAUGGACCAGGCAUUUUAGGCCGUGUGACAGAUUCUCUCCAAAAUUUGACCACUACUUAUUUGGUACGGCAACGUUCACCUGAGUUUGACUCUGUAAGGGACUAUGUCAAUACAUUUGGAGAAAAACUUAAUCAGAUGGAGAAAGUGGGGCGUAGAUUACACAAGGAACGCCAAGCAUAUCAGGGUGAGCUGAACCAAUUUCAACAAACUUUUUCACUCUGGGCAACUUCUGAACCAGAGUUAAGUCCUCUCCUUAAAGCAAUUUCUUCAGCUAUUGAGAGAAAUUUACAAGCUCAGCAAACUUCUCUUAUUGAUCUAUUUUCACCUAGUUUUGAACAGCCACUGAAGGAAUACUUGCUGUAUGUGGAUGCUGUGAAAGAAACUCUUCAGAGAAGAGAUGCAGUGCAGAUUGAGUAUGAGAUUGCUGUUGAUGAAUUAAAUAAGAAAAGGAAUGAAAAGGAACAGCUUGUUAACAAUGAGGGGUUGUCUAGUGGAGCGGGAAGUGCUUUUAGUCUAUGGAAAAAUCCAGCUGAGGCACGUGAUGAAAAGAUAGAAAAGUUAAGCCAACUUAUUCCUAAUUUGGUUCGACAAGCUGAGGAAAAUCAAGAUAAAAUGCAGUGUGCCAAUGAAAAUCUACUUUCAGAUUUAGAACGUUGGCAUAUUGAGAAGAAGAAAGACAUUCGUGGACUGCUUUUGAAUAUGGCAAGCCAACAAAUUCAAUUCUACCAAGAUGUUUUAGCAUCUUGGGAACAGGUUAUUCCUGAAGUGAGAUGCAAUAAUCAGACAGCAGCAUCUGGCACUGUAGAUAGCAUUCCUAGCUCUACAAGUAUGCAAACAUCCACUCAAAGUUCAACAACUCAUGUCAUUUAAAUCGUCAUUCAGUGAAAAAAUUUGCUGGUGAGUUAAAGUAGAAAUGUUAUCAGUUACUAACCGACACUUUUAUCCAGUAAUUUGGCUAUUUGUUUUUGGUUGACCUUGUCAAAUAUGAAGUUGUAUGUUAAAAAUAAGAAUCUCUAUGCCAGACAUCUCUUUACUCUCAUGACUACUUGAAAUUUGUCCUGUGAUUACCUAUACAUUCCACCUGUACCAAAACUGUUGAAUUCUAACUCAACUCGUUUAUAAUAGUAUUCCUAAAAGUUGAAAAGUAUCUGUAUUUUUUUAACAUUUGCUCCUACGUUUGAAAGUUGCUGUAAAUUUUGCAACCUUAGUAUGAUGGUGAAGCUUUUUUGUAAAUAAGCCAACCAGGUCGGUGACUGUUAUUCAGUCUUUCGGUAUGUUUUGUUGUUGUGAGUGGUGCAGGUGUUUACUGAAACACUAUCAGUAUUAAUGUUAAUUUGAGUUUAAUAUAUUUUAUGAUUGUUAAUUUUGUGUGUUCAGUGUGCCCCCUUGAGUUUAGAGUAUUGCUGUACUCUGGACUAACACUUUUUUCUGGAUUGCUGAUUGCUUAACUCAUAUUUUAUCUCAAUUGUUACCCCCAUUUGAAAUCAAAUAUUUUUUGUAUUGCAGUUUGUUUUUGGUUUUGUUUCUUUGUUAUUGCUACUAUGUGAUAUUGUACUAUUUGAUGCUUAAAAAUAAAAGCGAUUGUUGUAAAAUGUGA